UUUCUGACCCAUCUUUAUUUCUAUCCUCCCUCUUCACUCCCUCAAUCAAUCUCUCUCUCUCUCUCUCUCUCUCUCUCUCUCUCCCCCCAUCUUUGUCUCUCUUCCCUUCUCUCUCCCUACACCAGUUUGACUUGCAGGUCAUUCCUUAUUGUUCAGGCGAAGCCAUAUAUGCCACAUUUGCAGCUCAGCUCCUCAGAGAAUCACCCACAUUGGCGUUCAUCUUCAUGGAAUAGUACAAGAAGAAGAUGACCCCGUAAAAAAAGUUUCAAUCUUUGUCUCAUUUCUGCACUCUGAGCUUAUGAAAUCAUGCAUCUGGGCACUCCGAAAAUGAGGAUUCCUGCAUAAAGUUCCAAACUUUGCGAGGUUUUCUCACUCCCCCCCGGAAGCCAAGCCAUGGUCUGGGUCCUCCAUGAAUCUCACCCUUCUCCUCCGCAGGCGCAGCAGCCCUUCUUCCUGUUCCCGCCGCCACCGCCUCCGGCAUCCGGCGGGUUCAGCCUGAGCAACAGAGUAAGCCCCAGCAUUCUCCUCAUCAUCAUAAUCCUAGCAAUCAUCUUCUUCGUCUCCGGCCUCCUCCACCUGCUGGUGAGGUUCCUCAUGAGGCCCCUCAACAGGGAGAUGGACGAACUCGAGAGCGUCACCGCCCUCCAGGGCCAGCUCCAGCAGCUCUUCCACCUCCAUGACGCCGGCGUCGACCAGUCCUUCAUUGACACCCUCCCCGUCUUCUACUACAAGGCCAUCAUCGGCCUCAAGGAUCCCUUCGACUGCGCCGUCUGCCUCUGCGAGUUCGAGGCCAAGGACAAGCUCCGGCUCCUCCCUAAAUGCAGCCACGCAUUCCACAUGGAGUGUAUCGACACAUGGCUCCUGUCCCACUCCACCUGCCCCCUCUGCCGGUCUAAUAUCCUCCCUGAUUUCUCGCCUAACAGCAGCUGCUCCCCCAUCGUCCUGGUCCUCGAAUCGGGGAGCGACAGCUCGAGGGAGAUCGUGAAUGAUAGGGAAGCCGUUGGACCUCCGGAGGCCGAACCAGGUUCAGCUAGAAUGGAUAAGCUGGUGGAACUCGGGGAGAAGACCGAAGGACCGCCGCCGGCGGAAAAGGUUUUCUCAGUGAAGCUCGGGAAGUUCAAGAAUGUCGAUGGGGGAGAGGGGAGCAGUACUGCUGCUACCACGACUACUUCCACUGCUUCCGUUACCACUAGUACCGUCGCAAGCAGUAAUGUGGAUUCAAGGAGGUGUUUUUCGAUGGGUUCUUUCGAGUAUGUGAUGGACGAGACCACUGUCCUCCAGGUCCCGAUUAGGACACCGAUCAAGAAGCAGUCGAGCAAGAGCAGGAAGCCGGCCAUGCCCCUGAAGCCAGGGUAUCGAGCUGCAAUGUCGGAGUAUGACUGCCAGUCGAGGAGGUACUUCAACGGCUUUGAAGCAACCAAGGGCAAUGUCCAAUCAAAGAAUCCUAACAGUGGGAAUGGCGUCGGCAGUAGCAGCGGCAGUGGCGGGAUUGUGAGGAAGAAAGACAGCUUUUCAAUAUCGAAGAUUUGGCUCAGGGGAAGGGGGGAGAAUAAGCCGAGCCCAAGUGAGGACACGUCCUCGAGGCGGGCAUUCUCGUUUCGGUUCCCGGCCAGUCAGGCCGGGGAACCGAAGGAUGGUGGCAACAAGACCGGGGAGGCCAACAGGAUAAGCUGUGAGAUCGAGAUCGGGAGUGAAAUUGACGAAGAGACACGAAGCUGCAACAGUAUGGAUUAUUCUCAGGCAAGCAGUUACAGGGCGCCGUCCUUUACCAGGAGGACUCUGCUUUGGCUCAUGGGGAGACAGACGCAGAACAGGGUCGGGCAUUCCUCGUCUUCAUCACUUGAUCAGAUUUCUUUGCCAAUAUUUCCAUUAUGAAAUUGGACCAAGCUAGAACAGACGGUCCACGAUGGUGAUCUCUAAUUGAAGCUGAAGAGGAAUAAAAUCGGUGCCGAUUCGAGAAGGGAAGCUCCGCUAGGAGGGCAAACAGUGAAGUGACUCCGGUGAUUAUGAAGAGCCCACCGAAGCUGUACACGCUGUGGCUGAGGUCUGAGGAGAUUAUGGUGCCUUGGUCUGUCCCGUCUUGGCAAGACGAAGUCUGGCUGAGAAAGUUCUUCCUUUCGAUCGCAUCCAUCCUAGCUUUGUCUUGGGUAACAUUCAAAACUGCCCUUGAGACGUAGGAGGCCAAUGGAGACCCCAUAGGGAAGGCCUAGGAAAAGUCAGUAAGGAAUAUGUAAGGGAGAAAGAUUAGAUGGCUGGGGGCUGAGGAUGUCGUAAUUAUUCCAUGCAAAAA